CACAAAAUUUGCAAAAAUAAAAAGCACUAUCUAUACUUCGUACUCGUACUAAAUGAACUUCACACAGAGCUCUGAAAUAAGGUAGUAUCGGAAACGGCAACAGAAACAUUAGAACUGAUAUUAGUUUUGGUUUUGGUAAUUUUUUCCUGUCAAUGUGCCUUUCGGUUCUAAUAACUGCGUGCACACAUUUAUAUAAUGCACACUAUAAGAAUGUUUUGGUACGCCCAGAGCUUUUAAAGUGCUUAUCUCACCUUAACAGCAUACCCCAAGUACUAUGCUGGUGAUAGUGCUAGUCUGGUAACAAACAGAAUUUUGACAACUUUUACAUGCUUUUAUUUUCCUGAAUUAUACGAAAUGGGCAAUCGAGAAAGCACCAACAACACCCGACGCGUCAGCUUUCAACGGGAUCCCAGUGGUUCCAUCGCGGUUUCGGAGGAAGUAGCUGACAGGUUAAGGAAGAAUUCCACAGCGACCAGCAGCGCUAAAAAAACUAAUCUUGGUGCAUCCCAUCAUCACAAUCACGGACGUCAUCACAAUCGCCAGCCUAAUCCCGGCCAUGCAGUGCAUCAUCCCAAUGUGUCCAAGGAAAAUGGAAACAUUACGUUUCACAUGCCACAAAAUACAAUAUUAAAUCCUGUACACCACGAAAACGACUCGGCGUCUGCCAAAGUAUUCGUCAACUUGGAGAAACGAUGGCAAGAACGAAUUGCUGAACUCGAGGAAAAAAUAGAACAGAGUGAGUCUAAAUUUGCCAACGAAUUAAGCGGAACGAUUAACCUAGUGGAGGAAAUGUUAAGGCCAGAACCACUUGUUCCCGCGCUUCCUUGUGCCAGAUUUGAGAGGGAACUGAUAAAGUGCUACGACGAUAACAUAUCGCGAUCCAUUUCUUGUCAUGGAAAAGCGAAGGAGUUCGUAAAAUGUGUGGAUAAAUACAGAAUGGAUUAUCUGAACCGAUAUCUGGACCAUUAAGAGCGGAUUUUUACUACCAACCUUUCUAGUGUAUAAAGGCAGCCAAUGCUUUUGUUAUAAAGCAUGUACUACGAUUACCAUGAGUCGAAAUCUAAAAUCGGCAAUUUAAGAAGUCGAAAAUAAACUGCAUUUGGACGGGACGCAUAAACU